AACCUUUUAACUAUAAAAUUAUAACUCAGCGACUACAAAUCCAUAUAAGAUUAGUUGCUGGCAUUGGCAAGCAAUCUGGUUUCUCUCUCCUCUCUCUCUCUCUGCUCUGAGUCACAGGUUGUGAACCGUUGUUGGCACUUGGCAGAUAAUUAUUGCAUCUAAUGAGUCAUCUGCAAAAAUUGUGUCUCUGAAUGACCAUCAAGUGAUCCAGUGCGAUUGGAAAGAACCUUCCCAAUUACAAAGAUUGACUACUUGUUAUUCUCAUUGAUUUUUCUUGGCGGAGUGAAUACUUCUUUUCUAGAUGCAAACGUCUCAGAAGCACCCUAGUUCAGCUGGUGCCCAUUUCUAUCACCAGCCUGUGCAAGGCAUUUACCAAAUGUUGCAAAGCAAUCUAUGCCAAGAUAGCAGCAGCCAGGGAACAAGUGUUUCAUUUGAAACCUGUAAGGAGCAAUACUUUACUCUGGAAUCAUGCCCAGCACCCACUAAUGAUUUCAUGGAUUGUGAUGAUUCUCCUUCCUAUGCCAGUGUAUCAUCUAAAAGGACUCCAUUUUCUCCACAAGGUUCUCAGUCAUGCUAUUCAGAUCACCACCAGUCCUCUGACAACACCUAUGGUUCGCCAAUAAGUGGCUUGUCUAGUGUUGAUGACCGGCAUCAACUAAAGCACAAGCUAAGAGAACUAGAGAUUUCAUUGUUGGCGCCUGAGGAAUCAGACAUUACAGACAGUUGCGGCUGCUGCGUCGUCAAGGGUGGCCUCCAUGGAUCAUCUCAGUUGGCCAAACAUAACUGGGAUCAGAUAGCAGAAAAUAUUGCACAAUUUGACUUGAAAGGAGCCCUCAAGGUAUGUGCACAGGCUGUGUCUGACGAUGAUGUUCCGACAGCAAGAGGCUGGAUAGAUAAUGUACUGGGGAAAUUGGUAUCAGUCUCUGGUGAUCCAAUCCAGAGGUUGGGUGCUUACUUGUUAGAGGGGCUUAGAGCAAGGUUGGAAUCAUCAGGGAAUCUCAUCUACAAAUCCCUUAAGUGUGAACAACCAACAAGCAAAGAGCUAAUGAGUUACAUGCACAUUUUGUACCAGAUUUGCCCAUACUGGAAGUUUGCAUACAUAUCUGCAAAUGCUAUCAUCCAAGAAACAAUGGCAAAUGAGUCAAGGAUUCAUAUAAUUGAUUUUCAAAUUGCGCAGGGCACACAGUGGCAUUUACUUAUCCAGGCUCUUGCACAUAGGCCAGGGGGACCCCCCUCCCUUCGUGUGACCGGUGUUGAUGACUCACAGUCGACUCAUGCACGAGGUGGAGGACUUUGGAUUGUUGGAGAAAGGCUUUCAGAUUUUGCCAGGUCUUGUGGAGUUCCAUUUGAAUUCCACAGUGCUGCAAUAUCUGGCUGUGAGGUUGUACGAGGAAAUAUUGAAAUCCGAGCAGGGGAAGCUCUGGCUGUAAACUUUCCUUAUGUUUUGCACCACAUGCCAGAUGAGAGUGUGAGCACCGAAAAUCACAGGGAUAGAUUGUUGAGGUUGGUUAAGAGCUUGUCUCCCAAGGUUGUUACCUUUGUUGAGCAAGAAUCCAACACCAACACUUCUCCUUUCUUUCAGAGGUUUGUUGAGACCUUGGAUUAUUAUACUGCAAUGUUUGAAUCUAUAGAUGUGGCUUGCCCCAGAGAUGAUAAGAAGAGGAUUAGCGCAGAGCAGCACUGCGUGGCACGAGACAUGGUCAACAUGAUAGCUUGUGAGGGGGUUGAGAGGGUGGAGAGGCAUGAACUUUUUGGAAAGUGGAGGUCAAGACUUUCCAUGGCUGGAUUUAAACAGUGUCAAUUGAGUUCUUCAGUGAUGGUUGCUACCCAAAAUCUCCUAAAGGAGUUCAGUCAAAAUUAUAGGCUUGAACAUAGAGAUGGUGCUCUUUAUCUUGGCUGGAUGAACAGACAUAUGGCCACCUCUUCUGCUUGGAGAUGAAACUGACUGGUUCGAGCGUUUGCCUCCUUUUUGACUUUUAAUUGAGCAAGUAGUCUCUCCAUAGGACUUGAGAUUUACCUCUGUUCUAUAAUGCAUUUUGUAGAAUCUCAAAGCUCGUUGUAAAUGCUAAUACAUAAAUGAAAGAAAAAGAAACGUCUGGUAUGACUUCAGCGUUAUUUUCCUGCCCUCUUCCACGGGCUUUAGUUUUAUUUAACUCGUGAUAUGAGUAGGAUACUCAGCUUGUUUCCUCGUUUAGUUCCUUGUAGUGACUGAAAUGAGAAACCUUACACCA